CUGAGUGGCAGACCGCUUUGAAAAACGGACGAAGAAGUGAUGCGCAAGUAGUUUGAAUGCUGUUUGUUGAAUGCUGAUGUUGGUGUUUGUGGUGUUUCGUAACAAGAACUCAUUGGGCUGUUUCCUUUGCUGUUUUUGAAUUUUUCGUUACUGUUUUCCUUUGCGAUUAUUCCGUUCUUUAAUAAAGUUUGAAAAGAAUGUAGUUAUUUAAUUGGUUUUCCAGGAUGUUUCAACCAGGGAUUUUAGGUGCAUAUAAUCCGCAGAUACAAUACAGACCAUUGGUUGGUUUUAAUCAAAACCAAUACCCAAAUCAAUUCCAAAAUCGAGUGCCAUUUGGAUCAACUCCCAGGUUUCAGCAACAUCCGUAUCAGCAAACCACUCAUACUAACACCGUCCAUGGAGACAGUAACCGUCUACAAUCGCUUUCCGAGUGGCCUUCUUUAAGCGAGGCAACACACAGAAGCUCUCCGGUACAAAACAAAACACCUCAAGGCGGUCGAGACAUCAGAAGUCCAGAGUUUUUCUCACACAAAUUAACUGAAGAACAAAAUGAAGAAAAGAAACAACUUUACAAAUUGUUUUAUCAAGUAUUGAGAGAUAAUGGUCCAAUGGAUGUUUGUAAUCAGCGAAUCUUAAGUACCUUCAUGUCGUUACCUGAAUCUAAGAGGAGGAUCAUCACGAAAAUUGGGGGUAUUCAGCGGUUUUUUCUGAAGUCACCCAUGUUUGUUAUCCAGGGUGAGACAGUGUGCUUGGCAGAGCAAACAUUUAACUGCAACUCUCCACCGAAUCCAUCUGAGGCUGAAAAUAUUUGUCCGAGGAAUGGCCCAUACCGAUGUCCAGUGGAACCAAGACAAGAUUCUACUCGUGUCGCAAGUACCCUUCCCAUUCACACUGAGCCAGAUGUCGAUCCUCACUCUCAAAAUAUGAGCCAGAUGCAGACACCCACCAAAUCUGACCUUGAUGUACAAGCCCAGCCUUUUUCACCAAAAACUCCAAUCAGUGCAAAGAACACACGAUCUCUUCCUUCAAGACUUUCAAGGGACAAUUCUGAAAGUGAUGCUGAUGAACUUCUACAAGACCUAAAGAAAAGCUUAGACGAAAUUGAAAUAAAUGAUAAAAAAGAUGAAAAAGUAUCACCACUAGACCUAAGUGCUGAAGACUGCCACGAAGCUUUCACAGAGAAAGCCAAACUUCUUGGAAUUGAUGUCAGAGAUGCAGAAGACUCAAAAGGAGAUACUGGAAAACCAACUCUGAUUCAGGAUUUGCAUGAAGCAAGCAAGAAAUUGCCACAGCAGCCAAUAGCAGGAGGAUGGAGAGAUGAAGAAGCAAAAAGGAUUCGUCAAAUGGAAAUUAGCAUGAAGCAAAGAUUGGAAUUGGAAUUGACUCAGGUGAAGCUUAAUAAUAUGGAACACAAUACAGAGCAAAUAGAAAGAAAAGCUCAAAUGAAAAUCAAAGUAAAGGACAUGGAUCUGAAGAAGAUGAAUAUAGAACUUACAGAAGCAGAAAAACAAAUUUCAACACUGUUAGAAGAGAAUAAGAAGUUACAAGAUCUAAACAGUAAAUUGAGUGGAGACGUGUCUAAACUUACUGGAGACUACAGAUGUUUGCAAGAUAACAUAAAUCUAAAGAACAACGGUGGUCCAGAGGAAAUGACAUUAAAACUGAAGGAAGCAUUAACCAGGGCACGAGAAGCUGAGAUCAAGAUAUUGGAGAACAUAUAUAAAGAAUGUUUGGAAAGAAUUUACAGGCUUGUGCAGAAAAAAGAGAGCGACUUCAUGUCAAUGUUUAGUCCUCAGGAUAAUAUUUCAGUUGACACACUUUGGAAGGAGUACCUUUUACUAGUUGAUGUACAGAAAGCUGACUUAAAGGAUCAGUACAUUAAUAUUUUAGAGUCACUGAAGAAGGAUGUACCUCUUAAAGACUGCCCUCCUUUGUUAGAACAAGAUAUUAGUGUCUUCGUGAAAAAGGACCGGAAGGAGAAAGUAGGAAAAAUAGAAUCGCAACCAUCUCGUCAUGCUCUAGAAAAACAAGAUGUUGACAGUGGCCCAAGAUUGACUAAGGAACCUUUAACUGGCAAUUUACAAAAUCAUCAGGUGUCUCCUGUUAAGGAAGAAAUGGCUAUACCCUCAUUAAGACAGCCUCUUCAGAAACCAAGUCAGUUAUUUUCGAGAAACCUGACAGCCAUCCCAAAACCUCCUGGCUUGUCUAUUCCUGGAUUGUCUCCAUUUAAACCUCAACACACACCACUAUAUGGAUCUCAUUCAACAGCUGGAGCAAACAUCCAUUCAGUACCUCAGCUGGAUAGUACCUCAUAUAAGAAUCCAAUACCAGUCAUUCAAAGUCCACCAUUUAGAACAUUGGAUAACAUAGGAUCAAGCAGACCACCCGUAUUAAGUGCUGAACCAUUUCCAUUAUCAUUUAAUUUUAACACACAAGAUAAACCACCUGUCAUGCACAAGCGGUCUCUACAACCAAUGCCAUUCAGAAAGAUGUCUGCACCUGCCAUUCCGUCUCUAUCAGUACCUCUAAAUGUGCCUGUUCAACCCACACAGCCUAUGAUGUCUAUGGCCUCUACCCAGGUACCUUUAAGGCAAACCAGUAAUACGCACCCUACCUUUUCAACCAACAACAUUGGAACAUCUGCCACAGAAUUUGGAAAAGAUGUUUUGCCUGACGGUCCAUUGUCUCAGAAAAAUCAGGACACCAACAGUAUAAAAAUGGACCAGAUGACGAUGUCUGAUGCAGACAAUGUAAUUGCUUGUGCUGAUGAUAAGACUGUUCAGCCUAGUCAGAUUAAGAGAAAGCUUAAUCAGAAUAUUGCUGCGAAUUUCAAACCAAAUCUAUUAGAUGUAUACUCCAGAGGAAAUGAAAAUCCUUCUGAAAGAUACAAUGAGAAACAAUUAGAUGUUAGUUGUUGUACAUUCUAUGUUGAGCUAGAUGAAACCGAGUGUUGGGAUGGUGAGGAUUACACGACUACUCAGAUAUGUACUCCCUCACCAAAUACUACACCAUCACCUGAUCAGAAACUUAGUAAUGGUUUUGGCUACCAAUUUACUAGUCCUGCCAGUGGUGAUGCCAAAGAUGACACCAAUGCUAACAAUGUGUCUGCGCUUGUGAGGACAUUGCAGACCUGGUCCCAAGAGAUACCUGGAUCUUUUAAGGUGCAUAAAGAGGGAGAAGUUGAUUGUAAUCCUAAAAAUACACCACCGCAAGUACUAUUUGGAAAUGAGAAAUGUUCAACUGAACCAGUUGGUCCAAUUUCUCCACCAGAAAAACAGAAGGUAUCUGAUAGAUUUUCUGCUGGCAUCAGCAAAGUUCAUGGCAAACCUAGUGUUAGCAAUGUCUCCCCUCCCUUAUACAAUGAACAAGAGAAUAGGAGAUGGCAAGAAGUGACCAAGAAGAAGAAGAGGAAGGUUCAGACAGUGCCAUUUGCUAUAAAAGACAUGAACAAGCCUCAAAGUAGCCUUGACAAGAUUGUGUAUACGUUGAUGAUAAAGCUUCCGAACUUAGAACGUAGCGAGUACAUUGAUUCCGUGAAGGUCAUCCGUGACGUGCACAAGGGAUCUUUGAGUGGCAUUCCUCUGACAGAGAUUGUGAAGGAAUGCAGCAUAUACCUGCAAGAUCAACAGAAAAGGAAGGUAGUACCGGUACAUAAAGAGCAGGGCACUAUUUGUGUCGUCUGUCAUGAAGACGUGGAUGUAGAUAAUGAUCGGAAGUUAGAGUGUGGACAUCAGUAUCAUGGUGACUGCAUUAAGCAGUGGGUUCACACAUGUGAAAGGACGUGCCCUCUUUGCAGAAAGUUCAUUUUAUUGCCAGAAGACUUUCCUGUGCUAUAGAAAAGGGUCAGACAAAUGCAAGAUUUCUAAGAAACAUUGGUGAUUAUUAAAAAGUUUGAAACUAUUAAAAAAAAGUCAUGUUUUGUGGGGGGUUUUUUUCAUUAGUGUUUGCAACAUUGUGAUAACACAUUUAUUAGAACAAGACAAAUUACUGCAUUUCUCAAUUUUCGUUACCAUAAUUUGGAUUUGAAGCUACCUCGUGACACUGUGUGUAUGUACCUUAUAAUACGUAUGAAAUGAAGGUCAUGACCUCAGUGAUAUCACAAAUUAUGCUGUACAACAUGAUGUCAUUGUACAUUGUAAUAGAUUUUGCAUGUUGAUAAAAUAGAGACUACAUAUUUAAUCUGACACCAGCUUACUUGUUGUUGGAACUUUUAGUUAUGAGCAAUUGUGAUUAGUUGAUAGACUCGCAUAUACUUUAUAGUGACUAUCUUUAGCUAUAAUAUGGUGUUAUAUUCAUAGUCUGUAUAUUGUAUUUUUUCGUUGAUAUAAUCUAUUUACUAUAUUAUUCUUUUGUUAUUUAUUAAAGAAGUUAAUGUUUUGAUUCGAAU